AUGUCAAGACAUAGAUUUGUGAAGAACAUGGAUCUCGACGCCGAGAUGGCGGACGACGAUUCAGAAGAUGAGUCCGGUAUGACCGCCGAGCAGAAGGCGCAGAUGAUCACCUCGAUGCCGAUCGCAAAGGCGAUGCUAAAAGACGUCAAGCCGCCAAUACCAGAUGAUGCGAUCGCGGACUCGCUCUGGCAUUACUGGUUCGAUGUGGAGAAGGCGGUACAAUGGCUCAAGAAGGACUGGGAGCGAAAGGGACUGCCGACACCACCAUAUCUUCGGCCAUCACCCGACGAGGCGCCCCGACCGAGAGCCGCAAAGCGGGCUCGGCUCUCGAAGGAGUCGUCUCCACAACCCCCUCUCACCGCCCUACAACGCCUCUCCAUAUCCCGCAAAGACCCGGCCACACCUGGCAAGGCUUCGUCUUCGUCCGCCCUACCACAGCCAGCGGCGUCUACUCCGCCUCACGAGAAUGGCAAGCCAAUGUCCAAACUGGCUUUGCUGGCGCAGAAGCGGAAAGAAGCCGCUGCUCAGGCUGCUGCCGGCGCUUCCUCGGCGACGGCAACUCCCACUUCUACCCCAUCCCGGACCAUUACUCCCUCCACGCCCGACGAUAUUCCCUCCUCCGCAUCCAAACCCCUUUCCAAGCUCGCACAAAAGAUGGCAGCGGCCAAACUUGCACGAGAGCAAUCAUCCACCUCCACUUCCACCCCCCAACCACCCUCAUCUCGACCCCAACCUAUUCCCACACCGGCUGGAAACGCGGUCGAGGACGAAGAGAUGGAAGAAAUCGUUUACACGCCACCAAACGCCCUCUUCCCUUCCACAUCACCUACCAAACCCACCCGCACAUCCCCCUUCUUCAAUAUCAUCACCUCUACCGCUGCCACCCGGCUGUCGGACGAAAAGCCACCGGGCUCGGCUUCGUCAAUGCACCUACCGGUGGUGCGCGAUCUUGAGCAGAUGGAAUUGCGGAUACGGAACGCCUUUGCAGCUGCGGAGAGCCCGGACGACGUUGUUCUUCGCGCGAGGCAGGCCGCAAAAGUCAAUCCGCCCACGAAAUCCGUCUCUCAACCAGGCAAGCCCCGCACCCAGGCCGCCGCGGUCGCGGGCUCGUCUAUAGGAAUCGGCAAGACCGUCUCUCAGCCCGGCACACCCCGGAAACCAAAGGUCGCCACCAGUACGAACGGGUCCGCCGGUAGCUCCAAGACCAAUACGCCCAAAGCCUCGGCGGGGAUCAAUCAGACACAGCAAGAUCUGGCGGGUCUGCACAUGGAUGAUGAGGCGGAUGAGGCGGAGCGGGAGCGGGAGAAGGAGAAGUUCAAGGAGAGGGCGGUGCUCAGUAUGAAGUAUGAGGAGUUGGUAGCUAAGGUGAAGAAGGAUGAGGCUGAGUCGGGAAGGAAGAGUCUGAGUCUGAUCGUUGUCGGUCACGUCGAUGCUGGAAAGUCUACGUUGAUGGGCCGGCUACUGUAUGAGCUAGGCGAGCUGUCGGAGAAGGAGAAGACGGCGAAUGAGCGGGGAAGUAAGAAGGUCGGGAAGGGGAGCUUUGCGUUCGCAUGGGGACUAGACGCCCUAGGGGAUGAGCGGGAUCGCGGAGUCACAAUCGACAUUGCUACCACCCACUUUCACACACCCCAUCGCGCCAUCACGCUCCUCGACGCACCCGGCCACAAGGACUUUAUACCCGCCAUGAUAUCAGGAGCGGCCCAGGCCGAUGUGGCGCUCAUGGUUGUCGACGGGUCUCCGGGGGAGUUUGAAGCUGGCUUCGACAGAGGUGGACAGACUAGGGAGCAUGCUUGGCUGGUGAGGAGUCUUGGGGUGAAGGAAAUCAUUGUGGGAGUGAACAAGUUGGACAUGGUGUCCUGGUCGCAAGAUCGAUACGACGAGAUCACGGCCGCUAUGAAGCCAUUCCUCGUCUCUGCCGGUUUUAGCUCCAGCAAGACCACCUUCCUCCCCAUUGCGGCGAUGGAGGGUGUCAACAUCCUGGAGCGGGAUGAGCCGCUCUUGAAUGCCUGGUACUCUGGGCCUACGCUUAUCGAUACCCUUGAUAAAGUCGAAGUGCCAGAACGCCCAUACGAGACCCCUCUUCGAAUACCAGUCUCCAACGUCUUCAAGGGCCAAACGGCCGUCGCUUCGGGCGUAGCUGUCUCUGGGCGACUGUGUAGCGGUGUCGUACAGGUUGGGGAUAGGAUAAGGGCUGUACCAGGGGAUGAAGUUGCGAAUGUCCGGACUAUCGAGGUAGACGAAGACUCGGCACCCUAUGCCGUAGCCGGCCAGAAUGUCACCCUCUACCUCUCAGGCAUAGAUCCGAUCCACCUGUCCAUCGGCACUGUCCUCUGCCCGACGUCGCUCCCGGUCAAGCUGGUAUCGCAGUUUACGGCCCAGAUCUUGGUGUUUGAUCUGCAAACUCCAAUCAUCGCUGGUGCAGCUGUCGAGCUGUUCCAUCAUUCCAUGAACCUCCCGGCGAAUAUCACCAAGCUGAUUUCGAUCUCGGAGAAGGGGCAGGUCAUCAAGAAGAACCCAAGGGUACUGCAGAAAGGCACGACCGCCCUCGUUGAAAUCACACUCCGGUCGUCCCCCAACUCAUCUAGGCCAGCUACGAUCCCCCUUGAGACGGCGGCGGACAAUAAGGAGAUGGGUCGGGUGUUGAUCAGACGGAGUGGGGAGACUAUCGCGGCUGGGGUGGUCAUGGAGCUUGUCUGA